AUGAUUUUACUACCUGUGCUGCUCUCCUUAACUGCCAUACUGUUCCCAUCUUGUGGUGAUGCACAGCGUGUAUCCUUUCAGUCUCUAUCAACCAAACUUGAAAAAGCCCAACGUGAAAUAGUGGACAAGCACAAUGCUCUGCGAGCACAAGCCUCACCCCCUGCCACCAACAUGCUAAAGAUGCAAUGGAGCAAAGAAGCACAAAAAACAGCCCAGGCCUGGGCAGAUCAAUGUACUUUAGACCACAGUGAACAAAAGGACAGAACAAUUGGGACCGUAUGUGGUGAAAAUCUCUUUAUGUCAAGUGCCUCCCUCUCAUGGACAGAUGCUGUCCAAGCUUGGUAUGAUGAAUAUAAACAUUUUGAAUUUGGAAAAGGAUCAACUACAGGUGAAGCCGUUGGACAUUAUACCCAGGUAAUGUGGUAUGCAAGUCAUCAGCUUGGAUGUGCAGUUGCUGAAUGUCCUAAGGCUUCUUACAAGUACUAUUAUGUUUGCCAUUACUGCCCUGCUGGAAAUGUUCUGCCUAGAAAAAAUUCCCCUUAUGAAAUAGGAACAUCAUGUGCCAAGUGCGCAAACUCCUGUAGCAACAACUUGUGCACUAAUCCUUGUUCAUACACUGAUGGUGCUUCAAACUGUCCUAAACUGAAAAAACAAUAUUCCUGCAAUAAUCCAACUGUCAAGACCCAUUGCAAGGCUUCCUGUCAAUGCACCGAUAAAAUCUAUUAA